GAAUCGAAAUAUCUUCCGCGAUACCGGUAAAUUUGGCAAACGGGCGAAAUAAAUUACGAAAUUACGUAAAAUCGGCUCAUAAAUAUGUAUAAAUAUGCAACAAUGGUAAAUAAAUAACAUUCUCUUGCAACAAUAUUACACAUAGUGCACAGUAUCGCGUUAUUUCGAGAAAUAUAGAAUUAUAAAGAUCCCAGUAAGUAAAUCUAAAAUUCUAAAAAAAAACGUAAAGUAAUAAUAAUAAGCUCCGUGAUUAAUCCCCGCAUCGUUCCGCUUCCAACGAUGCCGCUUAUUAUUCCAUAUUCCUCUCCCCAUACGAUACCCCAUGAUGAAUUAACGAAACGAAGACACUCCGUGGGAAGUGCGUUUGGAACGUGGCGAUCGCGUGAGAAGAGGCGUACGCGGGCUCGGCUCGAGGCUGAAAAUAGCCGAAGAGAGCUCGCUUCACUCCGCUCGGCGCGGCCCGCCAGAAUCGCUCGAGCCUCGACACGAAUUUCGUCGUGGUGGGUCCCGACCAAGGAUCCAGCCAUCCUCGAUCGAUCGAUCGAACCAUCCCCCUCGCCUGGUCGAUCCGGAAAUCGACCCCGAAUCAAAGAAACGGGCGCUUGCGCGAGGAUCUGUGCCGAGGUACGCGCUAACCACCCACCCACCCUUUCCCCAGUAGCGGGUGAUCGUUGGUGCUCCAUCGGAGGUUAGGACGUCGCCGACACCGCUGCCGCUGGUGUUCGUCGUCGUCGUCGUCGUCGUCGUCGUCGGCCACCGCCGAGAGGAAAGGUUCUCAGCGCCGGCAGCCGUAGCGUGUGCAGCCGAAACAUGUCGGAUCAUCCGAGUGGCCAAGUGUGACCAAGUUUCCAUCCGCGCCCUAUUCGCUAUCGAGGCUGGGGACGGUGGGCAGGGGAGAGAGAGUAUCGGUGCGGGAGAGGAAAAUAACGCGACAAAGGGGUGAACUGCGGACUCAACCUCAGGUUAAACGCGAAGACGUGCCGACGGGAUGGCCGACAGCGAGGGUGGCUCCGAGCAGGAUGACGUAUCCUUCCUCCGCACGGAGGAUAUGGUAUGUCUGUCCUGCACGGCAACCGGUGAAAGAGUUUGCCUGGCAGCCGAGGGAUUUGGUAAUCGACACUGUUUCCUCGAGAAUAUCGCGGAUAAGAACAUACCACCCGACCUGUCGCAAUGCGUAUUCGUAAUAGAGCAGGCUCUCUCGGUGCGAGCUUUGCAGGAAUUGGUCACUGCUGCCGGUUCCGAGACGGGAAAGGGUACAGGAUCCGGACACAGAACGUUAUUGUACGGUAACGCAAUUUUACUAAGGCAUCAGAACAGCGACAUGUAUUUGGCUUGUUUAUCGACCAGCUCGUCCAACGACAAGUUGGCUUUCGACGUGGGUCUCCAACAGCAUUCUCAAGGCGAGGCUUGUUGGUGGACGGUGCAUCCAGCAUCGAAGCAAAGAUCCGAGGGCGAGAAGGUUCGAGUCGGCGAUGACCUCAUCCUGGUGUCCGUGGCCACGGAAAGAUACUUGCACACCACCAAAGAGAACGAUUUGUCGGUGGUGAACGCCUCGUUCCACGUGACCCACUGGUCCGUGCAACCGUACGGUACAGGAAUCAGCCGGAUGAAAUACGUCGGUUACGUAUUUGGCGGUGACGUCCUCCGAUUCUUCCACGGUGGCGACGAAUGUCUCACCAUACCUUCGACGUGGAGCACAGCGCCAAGUCAAAAUAUAGUGAUCUACGAGGGAGGGAGCGUGAUGAGCCAGGCACGAUCGUUAUGGAGGUUGGAGCUGGCGAGGACCAAGUGGGCAGGUGGUUUCAUCAAUUGGUUGCACCCGAUGAGAAUCAGACACCUGACUACAGGCCGGUAUCUCGGCGUGAAAGAAAACAACGAAUUGUAUCUGGUCGAUAGGAACGAGGCCACGAUCGAGACCUCGACGUUCUCUUUGCGGCAAGAGAAGGAUGAUCAAAAGAUCGUUCUCGAGGACAAGGACCUCGAGGUAAUCGGUACACCGAUUAUCAAAUACGGUGACUCGACCGUUAUCAUGCAACACGCCACCACUUGUCUCUGGGUCUCGUACAAAUCGUACGAGACGAAGAAGAAGGGCGUGGGUAAGGUGGAGGAGAAGCAAGCCGUUCUUCACGAGGAAGGGAAAAUGGACGACGGUUUGGUCUUCUCCCGUUCACAAGAGGAGGAGUCUAGGACAGCUCGAGUGAUUAGGAAAUGCAGCAGUCUGUUUACUCAAUUCAUCACAGGCCUAGAGACGCUGCAAGUGGACAGAAGAGCGUCCAUGUUCUUCCAAAACGUGAAUCUGAACGAAAUGGUGAUGUGUCUGGAAGACUUGAUUAAUUAUUUUGCUCAACCCGAAGACGACAUGGAACACGAGGAGAAACAGAACAAAUUCCGAGCCCUGAGAAAUCGUCAAGACUUGUUCCAAGAGGAAGGUAUACUGAAUCUGAUCUUGGAAGCCAUCGACAAGAUCAACGUGAUCACGUCGCAAGGUUUUCUGGUCGCCCUUUCGGGUGACGAGAGCGGCCAAGCCUGGGAUCAAAUAUCCGGAUACCUGUAUCAACUAUUGGCGGCAAUAAUCAAAGGAAAUCACACGAAUUGCGCCCAAUUUGCCAACAGCAACCGAUUGAACUGGUUGUUCAGCCGUUUGGGAUCGCAAGCUUCGAGCGAGGGCACAGGGAUGUUGGACGUGCUUCAUUGCGUCCUUAUCGACUCGCCCGAGGCUUUGAACAUGAUGAGAGACGAGCACAUUAAAGUGAUAAUUUCCCUGCUCGAGAAACACGGAAGGGAUCCGAAAGUGUUGGACGUUCUUUGCUCGCUAUGCGUGGGUAACGGCGUCGCCGUCCGGUCGUCGCAGAACAAUAUCUGCGAUUUCCUGCUACCCGGAAAGAAUCUACUCCUCCAAACCCAGCUGGUCGACCACGUGGCGAGCGUGAGGCCGAACAUAUUCGUCGGUAGAGUCGAAAAUUCAGCCGUUUAUCAAAAGUGGUACUUCGAAGUCACCGUCGAUCACAUAGAGCAGACCACGCACAUGAUGCCGCACUUGAGAAUAGGAUGGGCCAACACCUCUGGGUACAUGCCAUAUCCCGGCGGUGGCGAGAAAUGGGGUGGAAACGGUGUCGGCGACGAUCUCUACUCGUUCGGGUUUGACGGUGCCUAUCUGUGGACGGGCGGUAGAAAGACCCAAGUCGUGCACAACGUGACGGAGCCUUACAUCAGGAAGAGCGACGUGAUCGGUUGCGCGUUGGAUCUCACGAUACCCAUAAUCACCUUCACUUUCAACGGAGCGCCCAUCACGGGCUCGUUUCGAAAUUUCAACCUGGACGGCAUGUUCUUCCCCGCCAUCAGCUGCUCCUCCAAAUUAUCCUGCAGAUUCCUGCUAGGCGGCGACCACGGCCGGCUCAAGUUCCAACCCCCGGAAGAAUUCUCACCCUUGGUGGAGAGCCUGCUGCCCCAACAAAUUUUGUCCCUCGAUCCAUGUUUCUACUUUGGAAACAUGAACAAAGUGGUGCUGGCCGGCCCCUGGCUGGUCGAGGACGACACGGCUUUCGUCCCGGGCCCGGUCGACACGUCCAUGAUCAACCUGCCGUCCUACGUCGAGCAAAUCAGGGACAAGCUGGCCGAGAACAUCCACGAGAUGUGGGCGAUGAACAAAAUCGAGGCCGGAUGGAUGUACGGGGAGCACAGGGACGACAUGAGGAAGAUUCAUCCCUGCAUCGUUCAGUUCGAGAGAUUGCCGGCGGCGGAGAAACGUUACGACACUCAACUGGCCGUGCAGACUCUCAAGACUAUUCUAGCGCUGGGCUAUUACAUCACUAUAGAUAAACCGCCGUCGAGGAUAAAAACUUUGAGGCUUCCGAACGAGCCCUUCCUGCAGAGCAGCGGUUACAAGCCCGCCCCCCUCGAUCUCACCGCGAUCACCCUCACGCCCAAGAUGGAGGAGCUGGUCGACCAACUCGCGGAGAACACCCACAAUUUGUGGGCGAAGGAAAGGAUCAGUCAGGGUUGGACGUACGGCCUGAACGAGGAUUCGGAGAUGAGAAGGAGCCCGCAUUUGGUUCCCUAUCCGAAGGUGGACGAGGCGAUCAAGAAAGCCAAUCGUGACACGGCCAGCGAAACGGUGAGGACGCUUUUGGUCUACGGAUACAUGUUGGAGCCGCCUACCGGGGAACAGCACGAAGCGCUAUUAUUGGAGGCCAGCAGGUUACGUCAAUUGUCAUUUAGAACUUACCGCGUUGAAAAGCAUUACGCGGUCAGCAAUGGAAAGUGGUACUUCGAGUUCGAGGUUUUGACGGCUGGUCCGAUGAGAGUUGGCUGGGCGAAAGCGGAUUGCAUGCCCGGAAGCAUGCUGGGAAGCGACGAGAACACGUGGGCUUUCGACGGUUACAACGUAACUAAAGUACACGCCGGUACCCACGAGUCAUUUGGUCACAAAUAUCAAGUGGGCGACAUUGUUGGAUGUUUCAUUGACGUCGCGGACCGAACGAUCAGCUUUUCUCUAAACGGGGAACUGCUGAUGGACGCGUUGGGUGGUGAAACCUCGUUCGCCGACGUGCAGGGUGAUUGUUUCGUGCCAGCUUUCACUCUCGGUGUCGGUCAAAAAGCGAAAUUAACGUUUGGACAGGACGUGAACACCCUGAAAUUCUUCACCACCUGCGGUUUGCAAGAAGGAUACGAGCCGUUCUGCGUAAACAUGAAUCGACCGGUUACAUUCUGGUACACCAAGGAUCAACCGAUUUUCGAGAACACGGACGACAUGGCUGACACGAGGAUAGACGUGGCCAGGAUCCCAGCGGGUUCCGACACUCCGCCAUGUUUGAAGAUCUCGCACAACACGUUCGAAACGAUGGAGAAGGCAAAUUGGGAAUUCCUUCGACUGUCGUUGCCGGUUAUCUGUCAAUCGAUCUUUAUUUCGGAGAGCGAGAAACUGAGAAGAUGGCAAGAGAUCAAAAUGCGUCAGAACAAAUUGUUGUCAGAGCAGAUGGAGCAAGCUCAACAAGUGCCCUCUGCUCACAUAGAGCAGAUCAUGAAAUCUGGUUUCAGUAUGAGCGAUAUCAAGGGAUUGCAAAGGAACUAUUCGGAGGAUGCGGUGGAAGCCGACGAAAUGAUGAAAGAGUCACCGAUUCCUAUGCAGAGGAACAAACCGGCCAGACCUCCGAGAAAAGGCUCCCUGUACGGAUCGCGGACGGGAAACAUGGAGAACGCGAUUAGCGAGGCCGACAUGAAUGGAUACGGCGACAUGAACGGCGAUAUCAAAGACGAUAAGAAGAAACGUGGGCGUUCGCCGUUCCGCAAACUUAGCAAAGAGAUGGAGGAUGCCCCAUUCUUCUCGCGGAAAGCGAAGUCUCCGGAUGCGAAAUCGAAAACGCCCGAGCCACCGAUACGCUCCGACGUCUCCGACAAAAGCACUAAGACACUAUCGAUGAACAAAGCAAGUAGCCGGCCUCCCCAAAUUCGUAUAUCAAACACGGACUUGAAAGUGGUACCGCCCCAGAUCCCAGAACGAAACGCGCCCAAAGCAAUGUCCGUUCUGACGGGGAGCGGCGUCGAGGCGAUUGGGAACGAGAUAUUCGACACGGAAUGCUUGAAAUUGAUGAACGAAUAUUUCUACGGGGUACGAAUAUUCCCUGGACAGGAUCCGACUCACGUUUACGUAGGAUGGGUGACCUCGCAGUACCAUUUGCACACCAAGGACUUCAACCUCUCCCGCGUGAGGAAGGGCUCCGUGGUUAUCACCGAUGACUACGAUCGUCCGGUAGAGCAGGUUGACAGACAAAGUUGCUACAUGGUGAGAGCGGACGAGCUUUACAACGAAGUGACGCAAGACGCAUCGGGCAAGGGUGCGUCUCAGGGGAUGUUCGUCGGAUGUUUCGUGGACACGGCGACUGGUUGGGUCUCGUUCACGUGCGAGGGAAAGGAGACCAGUCACAAGUUCAAGAUGGAACCCGACACGAAACUGUUCCCCGCCAUCUUCGUGGAGGCUACCAGUAAAGAGAUCCUUCAAAUCGAGCUCGGAAGAACUUCUACGACGUUGCCACUGUCCGCCGCGGUGUUGCAGAAUUCUGAGCGUCACGUGAUACCGCAGUUUCCGCCCAGACUGAAGGUUCAAUGUCUGAAGCCUCACCAGUGGGCCAGAGUUCCCAAUCAGUCCCUCCAAGUGCACGCGCUAAAGUUGUCCGAUAUCAGGGGCUGGUCCAUGUUAUGCGAGGACGCCAUAUCGAUGCUGGCUUUGCACAUUCCUGAAGAAGAUAGGUGUAUCGAUAUCUUGGAAUUGAUCGAAAUGGACAAGCUACUCAGUUUUCACGCGCAUACUCUGACGCUGUACGCGGCUCUGUGCUACCAGUCGAAUUACAGAGCGGCACACGCUCUGUGUCAGCACGUCGAUCAGAAACAAUUGUUGUACGCGAUUCGAGCGGAAUACAUGUCUGGACCCCUACGACAAGGAUUCUACGACUUGCUGAUCGCGUUGCACCUCGAGUCACACGCGACUACGAUGGAAGUGUGCAAGAACGAAUACAUUAUUCCUUUAGGUCAAGAAUUGAAGGAACUGUACGAAAACGAAGAAAUGAAACACAGUCUCAGGUAUCUGGAGACCGAAUCGGUCCGACCUCAGAUGAAAAUGACGGACAUCAGCGACCAGGCGAUCGAGAACAUAAGGAGCCUGUACAGUCCGCACUUCCCUCUCGACGUGGUGCGGGAUUACGUGAUGACCGCUUUGAACGAGGCUGUCGAGAUCAAUCAAGUUCACAAUCGGGAUCCAAUCGGAGGCAGCAAUGAGAAUCUUUUCUUACCACUUUUGAAACUUGUAGACAGGUUGCUCUUGGUUGGAAUGCUCAGGAACGAAGACAUCAUGAAGCUUCUGAUCAUGAUCCAUCCCGAGACUUGGGAUCCAACGUUUGAAAAAGAGGGGAAGGACGAGCACAAGAAGGGAUUGCUUCACAUGAAAAUGGCCGAGGGAGCUAAGCUGCAGAUGUGCUACCUUCUCCAUCAUCUGAACGACAUCCAGCUUCGACAUCGCGUCGAGUCCAUCAUCGCUUUCAGCCACGAUUUCGUUGGUGAUCUCCAAUCCGAUCAACUUAGACGUUACAUCGAGAUCAAACAGUCCGAUUUGCCAUCGGCGGUGGCAGCCAAGAAGACCAGAGAGUUUAGAUGUCCGCCUCGAGAACAGAUGAACGCGAUCUUAAGUUUCAAGAAUAUGGAAUUCGAGGAUGAUCCCGAGAAUAUACCUUGCGGAGAAGAGUUGAUAAGCAAGAUGAACGAAUUCCACAACAAUCUCAUGUCUUACGUGUCCUUGAACGCUCUUGAAGAAGCAGCGGAUGCCUUGGAAGAAUCAAUGAAAGAAGUUCAGAAACCUGGCGCGAUUAAGAGGUUGUUCAAUUUUAUCAACACGGUGAAAGAGUUGGAGGAAGAACCUAAACCUGAACCGGAACCUGAAAAGAAGACUCCAGAAGAGGUAUUCCGCAAAGUUCUCAUAAAAACUAUCGUCAGCUGGGCCGAGGAAUCCCAGAUCGAGACUUCAAAGCUGGUUCGAGAAAUGUUCAGUUUGCUUGUCCGUCAAUACGAUACCGUGGGCGAAUUAAUUCGAGCCUUGGAGAAGACUUACGUGAUCAACAGCAAGACGAAAGACGACGUUGCUUUGAUGUGGGUCGGUUUGAGUCAGAUCCGUGCCCUGUUGCCUGUCCAAAUGUCUCAAGAGGAGGAGGAAUUGGUCAGAGAACGACUCUGGAAAUUGGUGAACAAUCACACGUUCUUCCAGCACCCAGAUCUGAUCAGAGUAUUGAGAAUUCACGAGAACGUGAUGGCGAUCAUGAUGAAUACGCUGGGCAGACGUGCGCAGGCGCAGUCCGAUGCUCAAACACAACCGCAGACAACAGAAGGAGAACCAGUUUCCAAGGAGAAGGAUACUUCUCACGAAAUGGUGGUGGCAUGUUGUAGAUUCCUGUGUUAUUUUUGUCGAACAUCGAGGCAAAAUCAGAAGGCGAUGUUCGAUCAUUUCGACUUUCUCUUAGAGAACAGCAAUAUUUUACUGUCGAGGCCAUCGUUAAGAGGUUCGACGCCAUUGGACGUGGCUUAUUCCUCUCUUAUGGAAAACACGGAGCUUGCUUUGGCAUUGAGAGAACAUUACCUCGAAAAGAUUGCCAUCUACUUGUCUCGUUGCGGUUUGCAAUCGAAUUCAGAAUUGGUUGAGAAAGGUUAUCCUGACCUGGGUUGGGAUCCAGUGGAAGGUGAACGAUAUUUGGACUUCUUGAGAUUCUGCGUUUGGGUUAAUGGUGAAAGUGUCGAGGAAAAUGCAAACUUAGUGAUCCGUCUGCUGAUCAGAAGACCAGAAUGCUUGGGUCCAGCUCUUCGUGGUGAAGGCGAAGGUUUAUUGAGAGCCAUCAUAGACGCCAACAAGAUGUCCGAAAAAAUCGCGGAUCGACGAAAAGUACACGACGAAGCGGAAGGUUCAACGGUCAUGCAAUUUGAGCAUCCACUUCCAGAAUCAGACGACGACGAAGACUAUAUCGACACGGGAGCCGCCAUCUUGAAUUUCUAUUGUACUUUGGUGGACCUGUUAGGCCGCUGCGCUCCAGAUUCUUCCGUUAUCGAACAAGGAAAGAACGAAUCUCUUCGAGCGAGAGCCAUUCUUCGAUCGUUGGUGCCUCUUGAUGAUCUACAAGGUGUCUUAUCUUUAAGAUUCACCUUAUUGAAUCCGGCAGCAGGUGAAGAGAAACCAAAGAGCGAUAUGCCGUCUGGUUUGAUUCCUGGACACAAGCAGAGCAUUGUUCUCUUUCUGGAACGCGUUUACGGCAUCGAAACUCGGGAACUGUUCUUCAAAAUACUCGAGGAAGCUUUCUUACCUGAUCUCAGAGCUGCUACUAUGCUGGAUAGGAACGAUGGAUACGAAUCAGAUAUGGCGUUAGCGAUGAAUCGUUACAUCGGGAACAGUAUUCUACCAUUGUUGAUCAAGCAUUCCAAGUUCUAUAACGAGGCUGACAAUUACGCGAGUUUAUUGGACGCCACGUUACACACUGUGUACCGAUUGAGCAAGAACAGAAUGCUGACAAAGGGUCAACGAGAAGCAGUCUCGGAUUUCCUCGUGGCAUUGACCAGCCAAAUGCAGCCCAGUAUGCUGUUGAAGCUGCUUCGAAAGCUGACCGUGGAUGUAUCCAAGUUAUCUGAAUACACGACUGUUGCUUUAAGGCUGUUAACUUUGCAUUACGAUCGUUGUGCAAAAUAUUACGGUUCAACCGGCGGACAAGGUGCAUACGGUGCAUCGAGCGAUGAAGAGAAACGUUUGACUAUGGUUUUGUUCAGCAACAUAUUCGAUUCGUUGUCCAAGAUGGAUUAUGACCCAGAAUUAUUCGGAAAAGCUCUGCCUUGUCUCACAGCUAUCGGUUGCGCGUUACCACCUGAUUAUUCGUUGUCUAAAAAUUACGAUGACGAGUGGUACGGAAGUAAAUCUGCAUCUGCACAGUCGCCCGAUGGACCAUACAAUCCUCAACCUAUCAAUACAUCCAGUGUGGUGCUGAAUAAUGAUCUUAAUCAGAUAGUACAGAAAUUCUCCGAGCAUUAUCACGAUGCUUGGGCCAGCAGGAAGUUAGAAAAUGGUUGGACAUAUGGCGAACAGUGGUCCGACAUGAACAAGACUCAUCCGAGAUUAAAACCUUAUAACAUGUUAAACGAUUACGAGAGAGAACGAUACAAAGAGCCAGUUAGGGAGAGUUUAAAAGCUUUGCUUGCUAUAGGAUGGAGCGUUGAACACGCAGAAGUGGAUGUACCCUCUACGAAUCGUAGCUCAAUGAGGAGAUCAUCGAAAAGUCAGGGAGAUUCGGCGAAUCCAUUCAAUUACAAUCCUCAUCCAGUUGAUAUGACCAACUUAACUUUGAGCAGAGAAAUGCAAAAUAUGGCGGAACGUCUCGCGGAUAAUGCGCAUGAUAUUUGGGCGAAGAAGAAGAAAGAGGAACUUAUCACUUGUGGAGGAGGUAUCCAUCCUCAGCUGGUCCCGUACGAUCUUUUGACCGAUAAAGAGAAACGAAAAGACCGCGAACGUUCCCAAGAAUUCCUAAAAUAUUUGCAAUAUCAAGGUUACAAGCUUCACAAACCGAAUCGAGGCGGAGAAUCGGAAGUCGCGACAGCUGGUGCCUCGGUGGAGUUGCGAUUUGCAUAUUCAUUGCUAGAAAAGUUGAUAGCCUACUUGGAUAAGGCUACCAUCAACAUGAAAUUGUUGAAACCUUCAGACACGUUUAGCCGCAGAAAUAGUUUCAAGACGUCUACGAGAGACAUCAAAUUUUUCAGCAAGGUCGUUCUUCCGUUGAUGGAAAAAUAUUUCAGCACGCACAAGAAUUACUUCAUCGCUGUAGCCACGGCUACCAACAACGUUGGAGCUGCAUCUCUGAAGGAGAAAGAGAUGGUCGCGGCUCUGUUUUGCAAAUUGGCAAGUCUAUUGAGAUCUAGAUUGGCUGCGUUUGGACCAGAUGUUAGGAUCACUGUCAGAUGCCUUCAAGUAUUAGUCAAAGGGAUAGACGCGAAGAGUUUGGUGAAGAAUUGUCCCGAGUUCAUCAGAACGUCAAUGUUGACUUUCUUUAAUAACACCGCGGAUGAUCUUGGACACACGAUUCUGAAUUUACAAGAGGGCAAGUACAGUCAUCUGAGGGGAACGCAUUUGAAGACUUCCACGUCUUUAUCGUACAUUAAUAGCGUAGUUCUACCGGUUUUAACAGCCAUGUUCGAUCAUUUGGCUGCCUGCGAGUAUGGUAGCGAUUUGUUACUGGACGAGAUUCAAGUAGCAUCCUACAAAAUGCUGGCGUCUCUUUACACCUUGGGCGUAGACGCGACGUUGACGCACGACAGAAAAUAUUUGAAGACGGAAAUCGAGCGUCACAAACCGAAUUUAGGCUCUUGCCUAGGUGCUUUUUCCAGUUGUUUCCCCGUAGCCUUUUUGGAGCCCCACUUAAACAAACACAAUCAAUAUUCUCUUCUGAAUCGUAUCGCCGAUCAUUCGUUGGAAGCACAAGAUAUUAUGACGAAAAUGGAAUCGAGCAUGCCCACCCUCGAGACGAUUCUGACGGAAGUCGAUCAAUUCGUCGAGUCUGAAAAAACUUACAACGAAGUUCCUCACGUGGUCGACGUUAUUCUUCCUCUACUUUGCUCUUAUCUGCCUUUCUGGUGGGCCCAGGGUCCGGACAACGUAAACCCGACCGAAGGAACGUAUGUUAGUAUGGUUACCAGCGAUCACAUGAAUCAAUUACUGAAAAAUGUAUUAAAAUUGAUCAAGAAGAACAUCGGCAACGAGAAUGCACCUUGGAUGACUCGUAUCGCGGCUUACACUCAACAGAUCAUCAUCAAUUCAUCGGAGGAGCUGUUGAAAGAUCCGUUCUUACCGCUUGCUGAACGUGUCAGAAAGCGUACAGAUACUAUGUUUCACAAGGAAGAAUCUCUUCGUGGUUUCAUCAAGUCGUCGACGGAUGACACGUCUCAAGUCGAAGCACAGAUUCAAGAAGAUUGGCAACUUUUGGUUCGUGACAUCUAUUCCUUCUAUCCUCUUUUGAUCAAGUACGUUGACUUGCAAAGGAAUCAUUGGUUAAGGAAUAACAUAUCAGAAGCGGAAGACCUUUAUAAUCACGUGGCAGCGAUAUUUAACAUCUGGUCGAAAUCUCAGUACUUCUUGAGAGAGGAGCAGAACUUUAUAUCUGCAAACGAGAUCGAUAAUAUGGUGCUCAUAAUGCCUACUGCGACCAGGAGACCUGCCGCCAUCUCGGAUGGAACUGCGCCUUCUGGAGGAGGCAAGAAAAAGAAGAAACAUCGAGACAAGAAGAGGGAUAAAGAUAAAGAGGUGCAAGCUUCUUUGAUGGUAGCAUGUUUGAAAAGAUUACUCCCAGUUGGUCUCAAUUUAUUCGCCGGUCGUGAACAAGAAUUAGUGCAACAUUGCAAGGACAGAUUCCUGAAGAAGAUGCCGGAAUACGAAAUCGCUGAAUUCGCCAAGACCCAAUUGACUUUACCGGACAAGAUCGAUCCAGCUGACGAGAUGUCGUGGCAACAUUAUUUGUACUCCAAGUUGGGCCAAAAGAAGGACUCCAUGGAACCAGUGAAAGCGCAACAGCUGGAGGAUGUGGUUGCGAGGAUCACCGACAUGGCCAAAGUUCUUUAUGGUUUACACAUGAUAGAUCAUCCACAACAGCAGAGCAAGGGUCAAUAUCGAUCCGUGGUGUCGAUACAACGUAAACGAGCAGUAAUUGCUUGCUUCCGUCAAACUUCCCUACAUUCCUUGCCCAGUGAUCUAACAACCAUAGUUGUGUGUGCAUGCUGCUAAAAGGCAACGAAACCUCCACCAUCUCGGGAUGGAUGGAAGCGUGUGUUGUGCGCAGCAAGAAAGAGGGCAGCAAUCGCAUGUCUGCGUAGCGAACCACUUUACAAGUUACGAAGGCAUCGGGCUAUAAAUAUUUUCGCGCGAACAUACUACGAGCUCUGGUUGCAGGAUGAGAAUGUUGGCCAAGAAGUGAUGAUUGAAGACCUAACGCAAUCCUUUGAAGAUGCGGAAUUGAAGAAAAUGGACAAAGACGAGGACGAAGGAAAACCAGACCCGCUCACACAACUCGUAACAACGUUCUGUCGUGGCGCAAUGACAGAACGAUCUGGCGCGCUUCAAGAAGAUCCUUUGUACAUGAGCUACGCGCAAAUUAUAUCGAAAUCUUGCGGUGAAGAAGAAGAAGAAGGUGAAGAUGAGGGCGGAGGGGGUGAAGAAGAAGGCGGCGCCUCGAUCCACCGACCGAUGCACAAACUUAUGGAACAAGAAAUGGAAAAGCAGAAACUUCUUUUUCACCAAGCACGACUCGCGAAUCGUGGCGUGGCAGAGAUGGUAUUGCUUCACAUCUCAGCCUGCAAAGGUGUUCCCAGCGAGAUGGUGAUGAAGACCUUGGAAUUGGGAAUCUCCAUCCUACGCGGCGGUAACAUAGAGAUUCAACGAGGAAUGCUGAACCAUUUGAAGGAAAAAAAGGACGUAGGAUUCUUCACAUCGAUUGCCGGUCUCAUGAAUUCCUGCAGUGUAUUGGACUUAGAUGCAUUCGAAAGGAACACGAAAGCGGAAGGUCUUGGUGUUGGUUCCGAGGGAGCUGCUGGAGAGAAGAACAUGCACGAUGCUGAGUUUACAUGUGCUCUAUUUCGUUUUAUUCAACUGACUUGCGAGGGUCAUAAUCUUGACUGGCAGAAUUAUCUAAGAACGCAAGCUGGUAACACAACAACGGUGAACGUAGUCAUCUGUACCGUUGAUUAUCUACUGCGACUUCAAGAAUCCAUCAUGGACUUCUAUUGGCACUAUUCCAGCAAAGAACUCAUCGACCCUGCCGGCAAGGCUAAUUUUUUCAAAGCUAUUGGUGUUGCCAGUCAGGUGUUCAAUACCCUCACUGAGGUGAUUCAAGGACCCUGCGCACAGAAUCAACAAGCACUGGCACAUUCUCGAUUGUGGGACGCGGUUGGUGGAUUCCUUUUCCUUUUCUCUCAUAUGCAAGACAAGUUAUCCAAACAUUCGAGUCAGGUGGAUCUAUUGAAAGAGUUGCUCAACUUGCAAAAAGAUAUGAUCACUAUGAUGUUGUCUAUGCUGGAAGGUAACGUCGUAAAUGGAACUAUUGGAAAACAGAUGGUGGACACAUUGGUAGAAUCUGCGGGCAAUGUCGAGUUGAUUCUCAAAUACUUCGACAUGUUCUUGAAACUAAAAGAUCUCGUAUCAUCUCCUAGCUUCUUAGAGGUGGAUUUGAACAGCGAUGGCUGGGUGUAUCCGAAAGAUUUUAAAGAAAAAAUGGAACAACAGAAAAGCUAUACCGACGAGGAAAUCGAAUUCUUAUUGGCCUGUUGCGAAACGAACCACGACGGUAAAAUCGACUAUGUGGCUUUCAUGGACCGUUUCCACGAACCGGCUAAAGAAAUCGGUUUCAAUCUUGCCGUUCUGUUAACCAAUUUAUCGGAGCACAUGCCAAAUGAACCCAGAUUGGCGAGAUUCCUCGAAACAGCAGGCUCUGUGUUGAACUAUUUCGAGCCAUAUCUCGGCAGAAUCGAAAUUCUCGGUGGAAACAAGAAGAUCGAACGCGUAUACUUUGAGAUCAAGGAAUCAAACAUCGAACAGUGGGAGAAACCACAAAUUAAAGAGUCGAAGAGGACAUAUUUCUACAAUACCGUAGUAGAGGCAGGAGAGAAAGAAAAAUUGGAAACUUUCAUCAACUUUUGUGAAGAUGCUAUCUUUGAGAUGCAACACGCGAGUGCAUUGAUGGCAGUGGAAGAAAGUGGAGGAAUCGGAAAAGCCAGAGAAUCUUCCUAUACCUACAUGACGGAUGACGACGAAGAAAGAAACAAGGAUCCUUUUAGAAGAGGCAUCCAGACGUUUAAGGAUAGCAUUUACUUCUUCUUCUCCAUAUUUUCCCCUAGCAAUAUCAAGAACAAGAUCGCUGAGAUGCAACAAAUGACAUUUUUGGAACUCUUUAUCGGUUUCUUCAAGAUGAUUUUCUACGCGUUCUAUUACUCUGGUUUUGGCGUUGGUUGCGUGAUCGGAUAUUUCAUGAGAUUACUGUUGGCAUUGAUGAAAGGACCACAUGUGGAAGAACCCGUAGUCGAGGUGAAAGAGGAGGAGGAAAAACCAUCGAGACAUUUGCCCGCUUUGCCGCCAACUCCGGAUGAGUCUAAUCUACAGGUACAAGCGUUCGGAAUGGAUAUAACGAAAGAGGAAGGAGGACAGAUAAAGAUUGCACCUCACGAAUCGGCUACAUCUACUCCUCAAUCGAGUAUCGAGGAAACGGGCGAAAGCACACCGGAAGAAGCCACUGGAGAAGAAAGUGCGAGAGCUGAGGGAGGUGGAGACAUGGAACCUGUUUCAUUGGUCGAUUUCUUAGGAGGUGAACAAGCUAGAGCUCAGGCUGCAGCUGCAGCAGAAGCAGCGGCAGCUCAACAAGCAGCAAUGGCUGCGGUCGAGGCGGAGGCGAAACAAGAAACGAUAGCAGAGCCAUCAGCCUCCUCUAUCGACUUUUCCGAGUACACGCAUCGCGUCGUCUCCUUCUUGGCAAGAAAUUUUUAUAAUCUGAAAUACGUGGCUCUAGUGCUCGCUUUCUGUAUCAAUUUUAUGUUGCUAUUCUACAAGGUUUCGUCUUUGGGUACCGAAGGAGGUGAGGAGGGAAGUGGAAGUCAGAUAGUGGACAUGUUGGCAGAGAUGUCUGGUGAGGGUGCAUCUGGUUCUGGAAAUGGCAGUGGAGUUGAAAUAGGUAGCGGUAGCGGGGAGGCUGAAUCGGAGGAGGAGGAAGACGUGUACGCUCUGGAAUAUGUGGAAGUGGCGGAGGAUUUCUAUUACAUGGCACACGUUAUAAGGCUUAUGGCUAUUCUUCAUGCGAUCGUCUCUCUUGCUAUGCUAGUUGCCUACUAUCAUUUGAAAGUACCAUUGGCUAUCUUCAAACGAGAGAAGGAAAUUGCGCGACGUGUGGAAUUCGAUGGUCUAUAUAUUGCUGAAACGCCGGAAGAAGACGAUAUCAAAGCACAUUGGGAUAAGAUGGUGAUAUCGGCAAAAACGUUCCCUGUAAAUUAUUGGGAUAAGUUCGUGAAGAAGAAAGUUCGACAGAAAUACAGUGAGACCUACGAUUUUGACUACAUCAGCAAUUUGCUUGGUAUGGAAAAGACAUCGUUUAGUCAACAGGAAGAAGAAGGUUCUGGUUUGAUACACUUCAUUGUUAAUAUCGAUUGGAGGUAUCAAGUAUGGAAAGCUGGAGUUACUAUCACGGAUAAUGCAUUCUUGUACAGUUUAUGGUACUUUACAUUUUCAAUACUUGGCAAUUAUAACAAUUUCUUCUUCGCUGCUCAUUUACUGGACGUCGCAGUUGGUUUCAAAACUCUGAGAACGAUCUUACAGUCUGUGACACACAAUGGCAAACAAUUGGUGUUGACAGUAAUGUUACUGACUAUUGUCGUCUACAUAUAUACGGUCAUUGCUUUCAAUUUCUUCAGAAAAUUCUACAUUCAAGAAGAAGACGAUGAAGUGGACAAAAAAUGCCACGACAUGUUAACAUGCUUCGUAUUCCAUCUGUACAAAGGUGUCAGAGCUGGUGGUGGUAUUGGUGACGAAAUUGGUGAACCUGAUGGCGAUGACUAUGAAGUUUACCGUAUCAUGUUUGAUAUCACUUUCUUCUUUUUCGUCAUUGUUAUCCUGUUGGCCAUUAUUCAAGGUUUGAUUAUCGAUGCGUUCGGUGAACUUCGAGAUCAACUUGAAAACGUGAAAACCAACAUGGAAAGCAAUUGUUUCAUUUGUGGUUUAGGAAAAGAAUAUUUCGAUACAGUACCACAUGGUUUCGAUACUCAUGUCCAACAGGAGCACAAUCUUGCUAAUUAUAUGUUCUUCCUCAUGCACUUAAUCAAUAAACCAGACACCGAAUACACCGGUCAAGAAACGUACGUGUGGAACAUGUAUCAGCAAAGGUGUUGGGAUUUCUUCCCGGUCGGUGAUUGCUUCCGCAAGCAGAACGAGGCGGUGGAGGAAGAGGCAAAGAAGAAAUAAAGAAAAUUUUUCGUAUUUAUGUCACUUUUCAUAUAAUCGAAUGACCAAAAUCAAACAAUUUACCAAGGAAAAAUCUCUUUCCUGAAUCGUCUUCGAUAAUCGUAGGUUGUAAUUUCUAUACGCAAAAAAAUACGGCACGUUAAAUCGUCGCGACAACGUGCGACAACGUACCAUUUUCAAUUUUUAGAACGCUAUACUUUCACUCGUCUGUCGAUAGAUAAACUAAACAUAGAACAUUGAAUGCGUGUGUACCUUUUACAUUCGACAUCUAAUCGUUAUUCCAACUUUUACACGAAUUCUUCGACACACGAUUGGAACGCAGAUUAAUCGAAGAAAUUGCGCGAGUUGCACGCGUAACAGAUUUCGAUUGAAUGAAACAAGCGAGUGAAACAAGCCGGGAGACUGGGCGAAAUAUUUUUCCAACUUAUUUUUCCAACUUUGUAAGGAUGACUGGAUAUUCGUAUAUUCGACACAGUUUCCUCCUUAGAUAGAUAAUUUACAAAGUGUUGUUGAUCAUCGACAAGUGAACCGACUGCACAAAUUUACUACAUUAAAUCAUAAACGUUGCGAUUGCCUUCUUUUCAUACGUCGGAAAUGAUCACAUUUUUCGCAUAACAAUUUAACUCAUUAACGUGUAAUGUUUGAGAUAUUAUAAGGAUUAUUACGUAAGUUGAAGAUGUUUAAAAGUUUAUAUCAAAUGUAUAGGUUUCUACGAUUACGUGGAAACUUUUUUAAAAGAAAAAAAGAUUAUUGACGACUGAAAUCGCAAUUUAAUCAAACAAUGUCAAUAUAGUGUAAAUAACGAUCUAUACAAGAUUACCUGAGAAUAAAGAAAGACAUACUUCUUUA